AUGGCUGCUGAGAAUGAGUCGCCCGCUCGCGAGCCUGCUACUCGCGGCCGCGGCAGGGGCGGGCGUGGCGGUCGCGGCGGACGAGGCAGAGGCGGCGGCCGGCUCGCAGCUUCGGCUGCAGUCGCCGCAGCCAAGUCGGCCGCAGCAAAACCCGGCCGCGGCGGCACGCGCAGAGGCCGCGCAAAGAGCUUUACAGAUUCCCGCGUCCAGGCCGCCUAUGAGCGCCAGCGCCAUCUCAAAGCCGUCUACCAGGCCGUCGCCCAUUGCCUCAAGCCCGCCCUCCAGGAGCUUGCCGACCGCUCCAUUGACGAGGUCCUGCAAAAGCCGGAGCUCUACAAGGACGUUCCAGAGUACGAGCCCGUCGCUCGUCAGCUCAGGCAAAAGUUUGACGACAGGAUAGCCCAGCAUGGCCGCCGUCGCGACAUUGACCUCAAGCUCGCCAAGGGCACCUACGACGCCGAAGUCUAUGUCACCGAGCGCGAAUUUCAGAAUGCUGUCGACGACAUGGAAGAGCGAUUCUAUGAAAGCACGGAAAACAGAGUUCGCAUUCUCAAAGCCCUCAGCACAAAGGGCCUUCCCGUCGAUGUCCGCGAUGACCAGUACCAGUACAAGACAAUCACUGAUGCCCAUCUCAACAACGAAUUUGGCAUUUAUCAGUGCUUCAAGAAUGGCCGCCUGGUCCCCUAUCCUUCCCGUGUCAAGGGCACCGAGAUGUGGAGACGGGGCCGUGACGCCGACGCCGCUUCAGCCGCCGCCUCUACCAACGCCCCUGCCAAGGGUCGCGGCCGCGGCCGUGGUGCUGGCGCUGCUGGUGCUGGCAUUAGCAAGCGCCGUGCUCAAGACCAACCGGAUGGUCAGCCCACGCCCAAAAAGUCGACUCGCGGCACGGAAGAGGCUGCACUCCUGGAGCAGGAACGCGUGGGCCCUGCCCCGGCCAAGGGUCUGCUCGCCUCGGCCGCCGAGGCAGAGGCUCAUCCCAACGGUGUUGCUGAGGAAGAGUCGAUGCCUGCAUCACCGGAGCCUGCCAACCUCGCGAAUGGUACAUCGGCUGCCGCCAAAGACCCAAGCAAGCUGCAUGCGCGGGAAAAGAGUCCGCCAUUGCCCAAGAACAUCGGCGAGCCUGAUGAAUACGGUAUUCGCUUAUACACCCAGAGAGGUCCCCGUGAAAAAGCCAUGACUAGCCGAUUCAUGGCUCCUCCUGUAUUCACAUUCAACGACUGGGAGAUUGGCUUCAGAGAUACGUCCAACGACUCCUCCAAAGGUCAUACCAGAGCCAAGCGUGGCAAGUAUCUCGACACGCCCAACAACACAGGCUGGCACUUUGAUCAUUGGUGCAAUGGAUAUGAUUACUCCAGCAUGGGCCCUGGUGAACUCGACGAGGAGCUGGUGGAAAGAUACGGUCUGCACCCCAAGUAUGGCAUUUUCCUGCCUACCAGCAAAAGCGACCUGAUCGAGAGCGACCCCUAUCAUAUGCCCGGCAAGCCCGUAGUCUUCAUUGCUACGCCUUCAGGCCGCGUUUCAUAUGCAUCGCGGUCGCUCAUCCCCACCGCUAACCACCGACGCUCGGAAGAGGCACCAUUCCGUAUGAAGUUUGGUGCCUCGCUGCGUCGCUUCUGCAAAAUGGCCGAUAUCGAGGAGGAUGAUCUAUCCCUCACAGAGUAUCUGCCCUCUUUCACAGAGUGGAAGAAAAAGUCGCUUGGCACCGCUGCCAAGGAAAUGAAGAAGAGACCAGUCGUGGACAUAGGUUCAGACACGGACGAGGAGGUGGAGCCCGAGGAAACCAAGGAGGCUGUCGACACUGGCAUCUCAGCCAUGUCUGUCUUGACUUAUGCCUCUGCCUAUGUGGCCGCCCAGGAGACAGUCAAAUCUGCACCCCUUCCCCCAAAGCGCUACGAUGCCAUUCGCGACGUCUUUACCAGCUCCAGCUCACGAGCUCCGGCUGCGCCACCGCAGGACCCCGUGUCUCUUGGCCUCAACACUCUUGCAGAGCUCUGCAAUGUUGAAUCUCGACUUCCUGGUGGUACUGGCGUUGCCUUUGAGUCCGGCUACAAGAGCCCUGUCAAGAAGGAAGAGGUACCACAGAUCAGUACCUUUGGACAUCUGCCACCAAGCCAGCGCGUCGAGCACCAUCCGCCCUAUGGCUACUCUUCUCGGGACCGGGCAUACCCCCAGCCACCAUCGUCUGGCAUGCUGCCCGAGAGCAGCCCGUACCCGCCCCUCGAUCGUGGUCUGCCACCGCCUGCACCAAUGGACUACGUCAAGUCCCAUUACCCUCCUCCGCCAAGCGACCCGCGUGGCUACUACUAUCCGCCACCCGAUCCUCACGACCAGAUGACGCCCAGUCGCCCUGUCGACCACGGCUAUGGUCAUCGUCGACUCAGCGGCUACGGCGGCGAAGCUCCACCCCCUCCGCAGCCGUACUCACGAGGUCCAUACUGGCAACAAUCGCCAUCUGCGCCGCCUCCCGCCAUUCCCCAGCCCACGCACUACGGCGCGCCACCUCCCCCGCCAUCCCGCCUGUCUUUUUCGCAGGCCAAUGACCCUCUGCCUCCUCUGCGGCCGCCGCGCCGGAACCAAUCGUUGCCGGACGACCCCGUCCACGACAACCAGCGAUCCAUCCACAGCGGCAUCUACUAUCCGCCUGGUCCAUCUCGAUCGUACAACCGCAGUGGAUUCCCGACAGAUCACCUGGCGCCACUGCAGCCGCUGCCAGGUGAGCGCAUGCUGCCGAACCCGCAGGCUCAGGCCUUCAUGGGAUCGCCGCCGCCGGGCUACACUCACCAAAUGCUCUCCCCGACAUUUGGCAACCCCGGUCUUCCUGGCCCAAUGGGACAAAGCCCGCCAGGCACGCCCCAGGGACCACACAGCGGCAUCCAUCGCCACCGCUCUACGCCUUCUGGCUCGUCCGAUGCCGGGUCCAACAAGUACAGGAAGCUGCAGCCUGCUCCCGUGCCCGCCCACCGCAACUGGGCCAACAAGCCGGAGCUCAAGACGAUUCCUUAUGACCACAAGGAAACGGGUUCGUCGGCCGCCCUGCCCAGCUCGGGUCCCACGCAGAUCAGAGGCUGGAACGUGAACCAGCCGCGCAAGCGCAGCAAGGCGGAGAAGCAGGAGCGCGCAGAGGCAAACAAUGAGAGGGAUGAUUCCAGAUAG